AUGCCCCACCAGCAGCACCAGCAGAGCGCGACGAAUAAUAGGUCGUUUACGGGGCGGAUCUCGGCGUUGAGUGCGAGCUUGCGCGGCCGUCAGGAGGGCGAGGGAAACGAGGGGCGAGAGUCGGCCGCGCCAGCCACGGCAAUCGAACCAUCCCGCGGUCACUUCGCUGGACGGGCAGGAUUGGGGAACUACUUCAACGACAACGCACAGCAGCAGCAAGACGAAGAAUUCCCGUGGCCGCGCGGCCGCCAACGCACCCGUGGCUCUCAUUCGACUGGGCGAGGUGGAUAUGGAAACAUAGCUGCUGCCCAAGCGCAUAGCUCGCACGAAUGGGCCUACUCCAACCAGGAGCAGGAGAUUCUGCGGGCCCAUGCUGACGCGAGGCGGAUGGCCAUACCCGUUGGACGCGGCGGCUAUGGGAACAUCGCCCAUGCCCGCGCGCUCGCCGCCGCGACAGCAACACGCUCGCAGUCUAUCGACCCCGUCACCGCCCCGACCGCGAUGAGCUUCCGCGUCCCGCUGCCCGUCCCCGGCUACCGCGCGCGGCCCAAGCUGAACGCCAAAGAAUGCUAUUACGGCUCAGACGCUGAGGAUUCCGAGUCGGACUCAGACUAG